GUGUUCCGGUCUAAGCUGGACAGCGAUCCAGGCCUCUCCUUAUAUCAGCCCAGGUCCGGCUCGGCGUCCCCUCUGCAGCACGGAGCGGCAACACUGGGACGCAGCUCAAAGAGCCCCCUGCUGGCGGCCAACAGCACCGGCAGUCUGCCCAGGAACCUGGCUGCUACCCUGCAGGACAUUGAGACCAAGAGACAGAUCGCUCUGCAGCAGAAAGGUCACCAGGUGAUCGAGGAGCAGCGGCGCCGUCUGGCCGAGCUCAAACAGCGAGCGGCGGUGGAGGCCCAGUGUCAGUGGGAGGCGCUCCACGGCUCCCAGUCCCACCUGAUGACCUCGUCUCCCUCCUACUCCCCCGUCACGGUCUACGGCCACCCCCCCCCUCCUCUGGUCCACCACUCCAUCCUCCACCACCAGCCGCCGUCGGCCGGUGAGCAGCCCUACGACACGCUGAGCCUGGAGAGCUCUGACAGCAUGGACACCAGCGUGUCCACGGGGAACAACUCGGCCUGCUCGCCGGACAACAUGUCCAGGUACAAGUACACACUCUUACAUGUAGUACGCAUUCAGUCGGGACAUACUACUCCCUCAGAACAUCUCAAACUCUGACCCUAAUACCCAGGCAGCAACCUCCAGCUCUGAAAAGUAAAGCCAAAGCUUCAUGUGUUAAAGCUGCA